AUAUUGAUUAUUGACAGUGAUUUACAGGUGUCAACGUUGAGUGACGCUAACACAAUGUUUCAGUGAGCUUUCCACCAGAAGUUCUACUAGUCCACUUACUACGACUAGUACAUUCGAUGCGUGAGCAUCCAGUUAACUUCAAAUAUAAUCAAUCCAUAAUUUUUUAAUUACUUAAUAAUUAAUUCAAAUAAUUUAUUUUCCCUUUAAUUUUUUUUAUAAAUACUAUCAGCAUGCUCAAAUCUUUACCAACAUUACCAAGAUCCUCCCUUUAUUUAUUUUUCUCUGCUAAAUCUUCCCCUAAAACACGGAUCUUAUCAGAUUACUUACUUGUUAUACCAUUCCUUACUUCACUUAAAUAUUCUUUCUCAAAAAACAUUCAUUUUAUUCCAUAAAAGUCAUAUUUUUAAUUUUGUAACAAAUCCUAAGAUUUAUUUUUGUGUUAAACCUUGAUUACACUACAUUACAGCUUCUGGUAUUUGAAAUUUUUUGUGGGUAUACAAAUUUGAGCUCUUUUUGUACAUUAAUCAACCAAAAAAUUGGAAAUGAUGGGUUUUUGGAAGUGGAUUUUUCUGGGUUUGGUUUGUUUUGUAACAUUAUUGGUAUUUGUUGAAGGAUUUGAUUAUGCAAAUGUGAGUCACAUUUCAUAUUUAGAGUCUUAUGAAGUUUCCAAUGCUCCUCAACCUCAUAUGGUUCCUAUUACUCUCAUUCAUGGAGCUGAUGCAAAGGGUGCUGUUUGCCUCGACGGAACACUACCUGCAUAUCAUUGGGAUCGUGGAUUUGGCUCAGGAGCCAACAGUUGGCUUAUUCAGUUAGAGGGAGGAGGUUGGUGUAAUAAUGUUAGAACAUGUGUAUACAGGAAAACUACUCGACGUGGAUCUUCCAAGUAUAUGGAAAAAACCUUAGCAUUCACCGGAAUAUUAAGCAAUAAGCCUGAGGAAAAUCCAGAUUUUUUCAAUUGGAAUAGAGUAAAGCUUCGAUAUUGUGAUGGCGCCUCUUUUACUAGUGAAGGCCAAGACGAGGUCCACCAGCUGUUUUUUCGAGGUCAACGCAUAUGGUCAGUUGCCAUGGAAGAACUUAUGGGGAAAGGAAUGCGAAACGCUAAACAGGCUCUUCUUUCCGGGUGUUCCGCUGGGGGUCUAGCGUCUAUAUUGCACUGUGACGAAUUCAAAGACUUAUUCCCAGGACACACGAAUGUGAAGUGCCUAAGCGAUGCAGGAUUGUUCCUCGAUGCAAUGGACGUUUCAGGUGGACACACCUUACGGGAUUUCUACCAUGGCGUGGUUACUUAUUUGGGUGUAGGGAAGAAUUUGCCGCCUUCUUGUACUAACCACUUGGAUCCCACUUCGUGCUUUUUCCCUCAAAAUUUGAUCGCCAACAUCAAAACACCUUUAUUCAUCCUCAAUACAGCUUAUGAUGCAUGGCAGGUUCAGGCUAGUUUAGCUCCAAAAACAGCUGAUCCUCAUCACUUGUGGGAUCAAUGCAAAAUGAACCAUGCACGUUGUUCUGCAUCGCAGAUUCAAUUUUUUCAACGAUUCAGAAUCGAAAUGCUGAAUGCAGUAAAAAGUUUCUCAAGGUCUCGACCAAACGGACUUUUUAUUAAUUCAUGUUUUGCUCAUUGCCAAACGGAGAGGCAAGACACAUGGUUUGCUGAUGAAUCCCCUGUUCUACGAAACAAGCCCGUGGCCAUAGCUGUUGGAGAUUGGUAUUUCGAUCGAAUGGGCGUCAAACUUAUUGAUUGUGCAUACCCUUGUGACGCUUCUUGUCACAACUUGAUAUUUCGAUAAGACGAAAUCAUCAACAAUAUCUUCAUCCUCGUCCUCAUCCUCAGCAUCCUCCGUGAUUCAUUACAACAUGGUGUUUCUGCAAACGACUUUGCUCAUUGAAGUCGUAAUUGUAAAAUUGAUUGUUCAAUAAUUUGAUAUAAAGAUAAGGGUUUGAUUAUAAGGGCCGAAAAUCGGCUUACUAGUUUUAGUCUUAGAGUGGUUGCUCUUCUUUGUAACCUUUAGUUUUACGUUAGAAGUAUUAUUGAACCUCAUUUAUUAAAUUUAGGCAUCAUGUCAAAAAAAUGUUACCUUCAAUUUAUGGUUAAGGUAUUGAAGCUUCAACACCUUGUUGUGAAUUGUUAUAGUAUCAGCAAAGAAAUAGAUUUAGUUCUCUAUUUGAUUUGUAGUAGUGCUUUAUUUUUUUAAUGUUGAUGGGUAUAUUAUUAUUUGUGGUUA